GUACAAUUCCUGAGGCGCCUGCGUAUCAAUCAUCACACUCUGGCGGAGUAUCAAAGCUUCCCUCUAAAAAAAUAAUCCCAAAAAGAUCCUCUCUUUUCUAGAGAGAGAGUGGGAGAGAGGGAGAGGGAGAGGCUGGGAAAUGGGUAAGAAGGCGACAGUAGAGAAGAAGAAGAAGAAGAAGAAGGGCCGUCCUUCUCUUCUAGAACUCCAAAAACGUCAGCAGCAACUAGAAAAACGAAGCCCUAACCCUAAUUCCGGAAACUCUGAUCCUAACCCUACUCGCCGAUCCACCAGACGAAACCCUAACCCGGACGCGGACCGGAUCGAAGAAGAAUCCCGAGAAGAAGAAGAAGAAGAAGACGACGACGACAACGGCGAUGAAUUGGAUGGAAAGAGAAAGGAGAAGAAGCUCAAGCUCGUGCUUAAAUUACCGCACCGGUCGUCUUCGCCGACGGUGAAUUCUUCCGGCGGAUCGGGUGGGGGGUCGGACGGUUCGGAUGAUUCGGACGGGGAGACUUCGCUCAAGAAGCGGAAGAUCAAUGCCGUCCGCGGUGAUGGAUUGGACGGGUUGGCGGGGAAGAAGGCUGUUGGGCAUAAUUCUGGUCUGAAUGCAACGGAUCCUCUUCCAGGAACCCCACCAGAUUCGGGCCUCGCAACACCCUUACCGGACAAGAAGUUGCUGGUUUUUAUUCUUGACAGGCUUCAAAAGAAAGACACUUAUGGUGUAUUCUCUGAACCCGUGGAUCCAGAUGAGCUGCCAGACUACCAUGAAGUCAUAGAGAAUCCUAUGGAUUUUAGCACUGUGAGGAAGAAGCUAUCUUCUGGGGCGUAUGCGAACUUGGAACAAUUCAAGAAAGAUGUCUUCUUGAUAUCUUCAAAUGCAAUGCGCUACAAUGCAAACGACACAAUUUACUUCCGACAGGCACGAUCGAUUCAAGAGCUGGCACAGAAGAGUUUUGAGAAUUUAAAGCAAGACAGCAAAGGUAGUGAGCCUGAACAGAAGGCUGUACGGAGAGGCAGACCGCCGGGCAAGAGCUCAAUUGCACGAUCGGUUGGCAGACCUCCCUCUGAUCGCACUGGUUCAGAUUUUUCCUCGGAUGCAACUCUUGCGACUGCUGGAGAUAAUGCACUCUGGUCAAGUUCAAUACUUGAUUUCUCAAGAAAUGCAGAUCUUUCAGAUAAGUUCAGCAUCACAGAUCUAUCAGCAAGGACUUCCCAUAUGCCUAGCAAUAGUGAAAGCUACAGCUGGUUGGCUGAUUAUAGAUCUGAGAGAAAUGAAGAAUUUCCAGGUUCUCUGCUGAAGGGCAUGUCAAAAUUAGGGAAGAAGCAGUUCGUAUUAGAUGAUAACCGCCGUAGCACUUACAAGAACUCCCAUCAGUCCAUCUCCAGGCACGAAAUGUCUGUAUUAACAACAUUUGACGCAGACAGGAAGCAGCUGACACCGGUUGGGCUUCACAUGGAGCACACAUACGCUAGGAGCUUGGCUCGAUUUGCAGCCAAUCUUGGCCCUGUUGCUUGGAAAGUCGCCUUGAAGAAGAUUGAAAAAUCUUUGCCCACUGGAAUGAGGUUUGGACCAGGAUGGGUGGGAGAAAUUGAAGAAUCACGACCACGGCUGCCACUACGAUUGGCAUCUCCACUUUGUCAGACACUGCCCUUGUCAUCAACACCUCCACAACAGCCCCUUUCUCAGUCCAAAAUCAUGCUGGAACCAAAAGAUGAUAAACUUUCAGAAAGGCAGGAACCGUCAAACAAUCCAACUUUAGAUGCCCAUUUGAUCAGAAUCCACCCUCCAUCUGCCUCCACAUCCGCAGUUUCGAACAGAUCUUCCAAUCCUGCAGAGGGUGGAGAAGCUGUCAGGCGGACAAGUAAUGAAAGUGGCUUUAGUUUACCGGCCGGUGUUGGUGGCGGGGCCCAGCCUAGGCCUCACUUCCAGCUUCAUCAGAACCCUGCCAUUUACCCUACUCUCAAUGGUUUUAGAAGCUUCAAUCUGCCAUCACAAGUUGGGAAGCUGACCAGACCUGCAAGGCCUGCCUCUAACUUUGGUUUGGAGGGGUCGAUGCCUUGUGGAAUAAUUGACAUGGCUUCUAGAAUCAAUAACAGUUCCACUCAUCUGACAUCCAUGAACCAUUUACAAAUGGAUUCGAAGUUUUCGAGCAAUUCCAAUUCAGUAAACGCAAUCAGUUCCUCAUUGGAUUCACGCCACGAGGGCCAGACGGGCUCCAGAGUAGCGCAACAUCCACAGCCGUCUUGGCAGGGACAGUCACUUCAUCAGAAGCAGGAUUCAGUUCCGCCGGACCUGAAUGUCGGAUUCCAACCUCCGGGAUCACCCCCUUCCGGCGUGGAUUCACAGCAGCCAGAUUUAGCAUUACAGCUCUGAUGGGGGGUUAGUUAUUCUUCUUUUUUAUUAGGUUGACAAAUAGAGAUUGGUGGCAUGGUUCCAAGACUCGGUGACUCAUCUGAGUCGACUCGGACUUGGUUGGAUCUGAUCCAGUUUGACACCACUAGUCAGCCGGACGAGUCACGACUCAACUUGAGUUUGGAGUUGGGCCAAGUCCCUGAGUCUUAAAUCCAUGAUUGGUGGUAGAUCAUUGAGAAUUGGAUGGGAAUGAGAAGAAGCUGAGGGUUUUCUCUCAGAAGGGGAGAGUCAGUGUCGCACCCAUUUAUGUUUAUUAAGAACAGGGAGGAGAGCUUUGUACAGAUUAAUGUAAUCCAAAAUAGCAGGUGAAAAGAAGGCCAAAUUCCCACUUGUAACAUUUUAAUCUUAUGAGUUUAGUAGAAAAGGAGAUUUUUGGUUCCGUCA